GAUAAGUCCAUUAACUCGAAAUUGGUGUGCGGAUAGAUAAUGAAGCUCUGCGAAUACCAAUCCCCGACCUCACAAUAAAAAUUAAAAUCCCUUGAUCUAGCUAAAACCACACUCCCGUUAACAGUCUUCUUCUUUGAAGAAUCUGCUUCAACUCACAAACCAAGUGGCUUUUUGCAGCGAAAGAUGGGAGGCCGAGGAGUUAUUGGUGAUAAAUGGUCCUCGAGGGUUCUUUGGGCCUGUGCUAUUGGAAGUGUAGUCAGCCUGUAUAUGGUUGUUGUUGAAAGACAAUUACAAAACAGGGAACGAAUGAUGGCUGAAGGUUUAAAGAAUAUUGAUGCGGAAUCAGGCGCUGGUGACAAUGUUUAAACGUGUGACUAAAUGCCAAUAAACUCUGCUGUAUUUUCUUUUGAAGAGCUUUCUCACUGUGCUAAGUUGAGCCCCCUGUUAAUGUAAAAGGUUGAAGAUUUCCUCUUGUUUUGUUUUGCAUUUGGAGCUUGAGGGUUCGUCUCUGGUAAUAAUUCAUUUACUUCAGAUGGAUGUUAGUGUUUCAUAGAUCGGGAUUUAACAGUUCACACCAAGGAAUAUAAAGGAGCAGCCUUUUAAUUUUGCUA